AGAAGAGAGUAAACAAAGCAAACGGAGGAUGCUUAUUAGAAUCGAUGUUAUUAACAGAUUUCGAGUAUUUGAUGUGUGGACUCGGAACCCGAAUAUAUAUAAUACAGUGUUAAUAAAACAUUAUAGAACUCGGUAUAGAAGGAGGAGCCCUUAUGAAAUCCUAGGUUUAAAGAAUACUUGUUCAACUCAAGAUGUGAAGAAGGCUUAUAUAAAACUGUGUAAGGAAUUGCAUCCUGAUAAGAAGCCAGGAGACACAUCACAGCAUACAAAAUUUGUUGAGUUGAAUAAUGCUUAUAGUACUCUUGUAAAUGUUGAUAAUAGGAAACAGUAUGAUGAACAGUAUACUGCAAGAACUUCUGAAGCUCAUGAUAAUUUUUAUUGGAGGCACCAAAGAAAAGCUUCCAGUCCAUUUAAACAAGCACAAGGUACAUGGGAUCAUGAACGGCCUUAUUAUGAGAGGGAAGAGUACAAGGAAUAUAUCUAUCGAUCUAAAAAAAAAUACCCGGCAAACAUUACUUAUCGUAUAAAAAACAUCUGGAUUGUAAUGGGCUGUUUUGUACUUGUAAUUAUUGGCUUAAGCUUAUAUUACUUUGCUUACAGUUAUGCCACUAGUUACACAUUACAUAAAGUAGAUCAAAGAAGUAAACGAAUUAGUGAACAGUAUAAUGAUACUCGAAAGGAUGCUUUGCAUAUUGGGAAAGACGAACAAGUUGAGAAACUUAGGAGGAAAUGGAAUUUAUAAUUAAAACUGCAUUUUAGAAAAUUUUGGACAUUAACAAAUAUCAUUUGAGUUGUAGAGAAAUGGCAUACUGAUAAAUCAGACAAAUCAGAUUUUGUGUGUGCAGUCUAAAGCACUAAAAAGCUCCAAAAUUCAGUUGAUGAUAGAUGUUUUUUAACAAAUGAGGUUCUGAAAACUAAAAUUACUGUUAAAAGAUGCCACUUGGAAAAGAGAUUGAACUUCAAUUUUAUUGCCUUUCAUGCUUUUCAGUUAGUCAUGAAAAAAUUAUGAAGUACUUUGUUGAGGCAAAGAGACCUUGUUAAUGUAUUCUUAUCAUGCCAUGAGUAUUUUAUUUUUAAAUUAUUUUAAAACUGGAACAUUAUCUUGUGCUACCUUGGCUGAUAUGUAAUAUAUUUUAAAAUAUAUUUAUUUUUUCAAAAUGUU